UCUCUCCUCUUCUCUCCAUAUGUGUCUCUGUCUUCUCUUGCUUCUAACCACUGUGCUUUGAUCUUCGUCCUGUUCGUGGCUCGAUACAUCCACUGUAUUUUAUCCCUGACAUUCCGCCUUUUUCGUUCUUCAGAGAUUUGGGUAAACAAGCUGUGGAGAGUAAACAAGUAAGGAGGAGUGGAGAGACAAUAAGAGGAUUAGGGUUUGUUUGAUGAUUGCUUGUUAGUUUAUCAGAAUUAUGAAUCCUAAAGGUGGAAGCAUUGAGAAGAUUUGUAGUUGAUUUUAAGGUUCUAAUUUCUGGGUUUUGAAUCAUCUCUCUGCAUUCCAGUUUGAUGGCUGGAGGUAGCGAGGUUAACAUCAAUGAUGCGAAGACGGUGGUUCCUCUCAACACGUGGAUCCUCAUCUCCAAUUUCAAGCUCGCUUACAAUCUACUUCGCCGGCCGGACGGCACUUUUAACCGCCACCUCGCCGAGUUCCUAGACCGUAAAGUCCCCGCAAACGCCGCCCCUGUUGAUGGAGUCUUCUCAUUUGACGUUGUAAUCGACAGAGCUACGAGUCUUCUCAGCCGAGUUUACCGACCGACCUCAACUGAUGAAGCUGACCGAGGCAUUGUUGAGCUCGAGAAGCCGCUCAGCACAGAGGUCGUCCCGGUGAUUAUCUUCUUUCAUGGAGGAAGCUUCGCUCACUCCUCCGCCAACAGUGCUAUUUACGACACUCUUUGCCGGCGGCUCGUCGGCAUCUGUGGUGCGGUAGUAGUGUCUGUAAACUACCGCCGUGCACCGGAAAACCGGUACCCUUGUGCGUACGAUGAUGGAUGGACAGCUCUCAACUGGGCAACCUCCAGGCCAUGGCUCCGGAGUGGGAAGGACUCUAAAGUUCAUGUGUAUUUGUGUGGAGAUAGCUCUGGAGGCAACAUUGUUCAUAAUGUUGCAAUGAGGGCUGUUGAAUCGGAUAACACUGAGAUCUUGGGAAAUAUACUCCUGAAUCCAUUGUUUGGAGGCAAAGAGCGAACUGAGUCUGAGAAGAAGUUGGAUGGGAAGUAUUUUGUGGCUGUUCAAGAUAGGGAUUGGUAUUGGAGAGCUUAUCUUCCUGAAGGAGAGGAUAGAGACCAUCCAGCAUGCAACCCAUUUGGUCCCAGAGGCAUAAAGCUUGAAGGGCUUAAGUUCCCUAAGAGCCUCGUCGUGGUUGCAGGUCUGGACCUUGUUCAGGAUUGGCAAAAGGCUUAUGUUGAAGGGCUUGAGAAGGCUGGCCAAGAUGUGAAGCUCCUUUACCUAGAGCAAGCAACUAUUGGGUUCUACUUGUUACCCAAUAACAACCACUUUUAUACUGUCAUGGACGAGAUUAAGCAAUUUGUGCGUUCUAACCGGUAAUAGACUUACUUAAAAACAGAGCAGCAUCAGCAUCAGCAGCACAGCAGCAGCAGCCGCCAUACGUAACAGAAGCUUGACAGGUCACUUGGGUUUUUUCUUCUUUUUGUUUCUUCUUCCUUUUUAACAUCUCUGUGGAGUUGGAUAGUGUGCACUGUGUAGUGUAUUAGAUUUUGGGUAGUUUUGCUGCUCUACUUACUAUGGUGUUUGUGGUAGAGUUGAGGUCUGUAGACUCUGGGACUGUUAUGUCAUUGGUUCAGGUGAUGGUUGAGUUCAAUUUGGGAUAAAUCCUUCUCAGUGAUUCAUCCACCUGCGGAUCUUAUUCACCAAUAUGUAUGGCUUAUGGGCCCAAUUGUUCUGAAACUUGGGGUGACUUGGUUUGUAUUACUGAUGGCAGGAGCCACCAAAUUUAAUCUUACCCCUUCUAACAUCCAACCUCAAAGAAGGGGUAGAAACUGGAGUGUGGGGGUAAUGUUUGGUGGUUGAUCCAUUUGGGGUCUAGUCCCUUGAUGAUGUUAUAUGUAUAGGGCUGAUUUCAGGAAAUGGAUGGGGGAAAGCAUCCAAUAUCCAUUGUAUUGUGAACUUGUAUGCUAUACUUUGUUUUCUAGAAUUAUCAUAUAAGAAUGCUUUUCUUAUUAUUCA